AUGAAUUCACAUGGAGAAGAUCGUGUUGCCAUUAUUGCUGGAGCCACAUCUGGCAUUGGAGCCGAUCUUGCCCGGGAUCUAGCCGCGCGUGGAUGGAAGAUUGCCUGUAUAGGCCGACAUCGUGAACCUGGGCAGACUCUUCUGCAGACGAUCCCUGACGGUAAUGCCCGGUUUUUCCCUGCGGACGUAUCCAAGUACGAUGAGUACGCGAAUGUCUUCCGCCAAGUUCGCAAGCUCUGGGGCCGUAUCGAUGCACUAUGCGCCAAUGCGGGCAUUGUCGAUACUUCGUCCGUCUAUAUAUACGACUGGAAGAACAGGAGCGUUGAUGACAUUCCUCCGGCCCCCGAGUUGGAUGUCGUGGACAUCAACUAUAAGGGAGUAAUCUACGGCACUCAAUUGGCGACUCACUUCAUGAGACAUAAUCCUCGACCUGGCGGUCGCAUUGUGGUCACUGGCAGUAUUGGAGCGGUCUUCCCGCAUAGAUCCUAUCCCGUCUACUGCGGGACCAAGGCGGCAGUCAACCAUUUUGUGCGCGGCGUGGCCCCGCUACUGAAGGAAAAGGAGAGUAUCCUGAUCAACGUUGUGAUGCCGGGCAUCGUGUCCACCCCUAUUGUUCCACCAGAGAUGAUCUCGGCCGUCACUCCCGAAUGUCUGACCCCCGUCGAGACCGUCCUGAAGGCGUACCGAGUCUUCCUCAAUGAUACCACGCAAAUGGCUGGCGAAGCCCUGGAGUGCUCCGCAGAUAAACUGAUCUACCAUCACCUGCCCGAAUACGGCAAUGGGCAUAUCACGCAACGGGCUGUUACGGUGUGGGAACCGCUGUUCCGCAUGCUGCAUGGCGAAGACUCGCACCUACCGGACGCCAUUCCGUGA